AUGUCCCGCGACGAGUCGGAAGAAGAUCGACAGCCCGUCACCAUUGUCGUCGAGAGCGAGGCCCAGCUCUGUCCAGACGACGAAUGCCUCAAGUUCGCUAGCGACAAGGACAACGUCAUCACCACUCGCCCGUAUGCUCGAACCUGCCACCACUCGGACUGUGCACUCGAAGAAGCCCCAUCACGCCAUUCGGGCUUCCGCCUGCUCUCGCGAGACCCGGUCGCUGAUCUGAAAAGAUGGCUAUUGAACAGCAACAUUUCCCUCAGUGGCGAGCAGCGCGAUGUCGGGGACGAGUUCCGCAAAUUGCAGCGAGAGUGUCACUAUACGAGCGAUGAUCUGCGCACGGUACUCGUGUUCGCCGUACAACAAGCAGUGCUCUGCCACAUCAGCAUCGAGUCCAUGCGCGAGUACCUCAGCCGCUGGCCGUAUCGCUUCUGGUUUCACAACGGUCCGGCUGACGAUGCCAAUGAUCCAAGCACUUACCCCGACGGCAGUCGCAUCGCGCGAAUGAGCAAUCGCGAGCUCUGGGACAACCUUGUCAUCAUGGCAGUGGAAGUGGACUAUCUGCGGUACUGGGAGGAGGUCAUGUUGCAGAAGAUAUUGGAAAAGAAGUGGGUGGAGGCAAAGGAGGGGAACGUGGGGGAGAUUGAGGGCUUGAUGAGGUUGGGGUUUGUGGACAAGGCGAUGGUGACGGAGCAUUGUGGCGUGCCGGAUGGAUGA